AUGUUUAGGACACGAGUAGGAAAUGGAUUAUUUCGUAAACAAUUGGCAAAAUCCAGGCUCAAUAAAGAAAGAGCCAACCUGAGUUUCUUUUUCGUCGUCAUGUUUUUUGCCGUUUUCGGUAUAAUUGUUUUAACCGAAGUUUUGCUUAUUGAUGAAAAAGGAAGGAAUCAGGGAUUGAGCGUGAGAAAAAGUGGAUAUGGAGAAAGUGGUAAAUAUGGUGACAGAUCGGAUUAUGAUGAUGGUGAAGAUUAUAUUUUAUAUCACAAUCGUCAAAUCGAUUCAAACAUAGUUGCUUUUUUAAGGCGUGAACCAAUAAGAAAAUAUAAUGAUAAAUUAAAUAAUCAGUAUUUGAGUAAUUCUGAAGAUAGGCUUCCAACAUUAAGAGAAAAUCAGACUGCUAAAGAUGGCGAAUGGCAAACCGUUUCUGGAACGAGGUCAAAAUUUUAUGUGUAUUCAGCAUAUUACGAUAAGAGAAAGGGGCGCACAGUGAGAGUAAUUGGAGCUACAAAAACAAGGGGUCCUGAUAAAGUAUGGUGUAGAUUUUGGUAUCCCCUUACAACUGGAAAUAAAACACAAUUUACAUCAUUCUCCAUUCCAGCACAGUUCAAGAUGAUACGAGAAAAUUGGAAUUUGAAAUACAGUGCUUGCUUUGUUAUUUGUCCCCUUAGGAGAAAUUUAACGACGCCAUCUUCGAUAUCUAUUGUAUCCAGACUUCGUCAUCCCCCUUCUAAUCACCUGAUCGUUAAAAAUUUAGAUAAAGAUUUUCAAUUUGUUGCCAAUAAAACAAAAUCAAAUCAAGAAACUUUAGCCGUUUGUGUGAAACCUUUACAUUAUUUUUAUGAUAAAGCGUUGCAAAUGUUAGAAUUUUUAGAAAUGUAUAGGAUUUUAGGUGUUGAACAUAUCACAAUGUACAAUCAUACAAUUGGACCCAGUGUUAAUUGUAUAUUGAAUUAUUACAUGGAAAAAGGUAUUGUGACUAUGCUUCCCUGGCAGUUAAAUAUGAAAUCCCAAAAAGAAAUAAGAACCGAGGGGCUUUUUGCUGCUUUAAACGACUGCUUAUAUCGAGGAAUGUACAAAUAUUCCCACGUAGCCAUGGUUGAUUUAGAUGAAUUUAUAAUUCCAAGAUAUAACGACUCCAUAUUGGAUCUUUUACGGUGGAUAAGCAGAAGGAUUCGUUUGAAAAAUCCCGGUUCAUAUUCAUUUCAAAACGCCUUUUUUUACCUACAGUGGGAUGAUGAUCCAUUGACAAAAAUAUCAAAAAAUUUAGAUUCUAAACUCAUAACGAUGAAAAAAACAAAAAGAAAAGCAAAACUUCAUCCUCAUAAACAACGUUCAAAAUACAUAUGUCGACCGGAAUUUGUCAUUGAGGCCGGAAAUCAUUUCGUAUGGGAAUUCCUACCUGGACACGGUACGAUUAACGUACCUGCCGAUUCGGCCAUAUUACAUCAUUACAGAAUAUGUGAAUUUGGUGGAAAUGAUUGUGUUAAAACGGCAAGCAUAAGAGAUAGGACUGUUUUUCGUUAUCGUAGUCGCUUGGUUAAUAAUAUAAAAACAAAUUGGAAUGAACUUAAAUUGAAAUGCAAGUUACCGGAUGUGCCAGAAUAA